AUGAUGGAUGGGCGGAGGCAUUCUGUUGAUAUACCGAUUUCUAAGGCUCUUGUGGCAUUGAGGAGAGUGAGGUCAUUGAGGGAUCCAUCAACUAAUUCAAUGAUCAAGCAUUCUUCUUUGAUUGACAACUUACAUUGGGAUAACCGGUCCGGCAAUGGGAUUUCUCUGUUGUUUCCGGAUGAUGUUCGUGUUUGUGAUUCUGAUGAUAGUGGUGCUUUUAGAACAAGGAAUUUAGGUUUUGAGGGGGAAAGAGAUAUGGGUGGUGCUACUGGUUUUGAAUUGAAUCAUGGUCUGUUGAAUUUUCGGCCGAGUGUUUAUGGAAGUAAAUCGCCUAAUGAAAGCUGUGGUAGUAACCAUGGUGGUAAAGGAUUGGGUACGAAUGGUUUCGAGGACGGGGAAUUAUGUCAUAGAACAACGGGCAAGUCGUCUAAGUUAGGGAGAAUAGAUCGCAUUAAGUCAGGUAAAAGGCCGCCGCGCAAGAAUCAAGUUAAACCAUCUCAUGUGAUGGGAGAUACUGCUAGUCAUUUGAGCAGUCCGAGCCGUUCUGUUCGUGAUGCUUUAUUGCCCCGUGGUACCUUGGGGUUUAUAAAUCAAGAUUUUGAUGUUCAAGAUAAUAGUGAUAAUGGAUGUGGAUUAAGUUAUUGUUGGUCGAAGUCACCAAGGUUUGAAGAGUCGGAUAUUUAUUGUGAGACAGAAGAUCGACCCUUGAUAUUGCACUGCGUGGAGGACAUGGAGCUUCAUGAACAUGAAAGUGCGAGACAUAAUGGUGGCGAAGUUAGUCCAAAUUUGGAAACACCUAGAAUGUUAUCUAUGAAAUUCAGGCCUAAAUUGUUUGGUGAUUUGGUGGGACAAGAUGUGGUUGUUAGGUCUCUUUUGGGUGCAAUUUCUUGUGGAAGGAUAACAUCGAUUUAUCUUUUCCAUGGUCCACGCGGUACGGGCAAGACAUCUGCUUCAAGAAUAUUUGCUUCGGCGCUGAAUUGCCUUGCUGUCGGGGAGCAAAGACCGUGUGGUCUGUGUAGAGAAUGUGUUCUAUUCUUUUCUGGAAGAAGUAAAGAUGUUAAGGUAGUGGAUUCUGUGAAAAUCAAUCAAAUGGACCAGGUUAAAUCACUUGUUAAGAAUGCAUGUUCUCCUCCUGUUUCCGCAUGUUUUAAGAUUUUCAUUAUCGACGAGUGCCAGUUAUUGAACGAGGAAACGUGGGUUUGCCUUUCAAAUAACCUAGAGAACAUUUCUCAACAUGUGGUUUUUGUGAUGAUCACUCCUGAUUUGGAUAAGCUUCCUCAAAGUGCAGUUUCCCGGGCUCAGAAGUAUUACUUUCCAAAGGUUAAAGACGCUGAUAUUGCAUGCCGAUUAGGAAAAAUUUGUGCUGAAGAAGGUCUUUAUUACGAACAAGCAGCAUUGAACCUUAUUGCUGCAAAAUCCUAUGGUUCUGUUAGGGAUGCAGAAAUUAUGCUUGACCAGCUAAGUUUGCUUGGUAAAAAGAUUAAUGUUUCUUUAGUUUACGAGCUUACCGGGAUUGUUUCGGAUGAUGAAUUGUUUGAUUUGCUAGAUUUGGCCCUAUCACCUGACACCACAAAUACAGUUAUAAGAGCUCGCGAGCUGAUGAGAUCGAGGAUAGAUCCUAUGCAACUUGUAUCACAGUUAGCAAAUCUCAUAAUGGACGUCCUUGCAGGGAAAUGUGACUAUGAAGCGAGAUGUAGAUUUUCUAGUAGAUACACGACGGAAGCAGACCUUCAGAAACUUAGCCAUGCAUUGAGAAUACUCUCCGAGGCCGAGAAACAAUUAAGAGUUUCAAAAAAUCAAACAACAUGGUUCACUGUAGCUCUUCUACAGUUAAGCUCUAUUGAUUAUCCUUCCACAAAUGCAGAUGGUACCAAGUUGCUUCUGAGAGGGCAGAGCUUGGAACACCUUGCUACAGGUAGUUGUGAAAACAAGUCAUUUAGAUUAGUGGCACACGAGGAUCACGAAGGAACACUUGAUUCGAUAUGGUAUAAAGCUAUCGAGAUAUGUCAAUCUAGUCAGCUCAAAACUUUUCUCAGAAAGAAGGGAAAGUUGUCUUCACUUCACGUCGACCAAUCUACUUCUUGCCUUGCUAUUGCAGAGUUGGAGUUCGGCCAUCGCCGCCAUGUAUCCAAGGCUGAGAAGUCAUGGAAAUCGAUAGCAAGUUCCUUGCAAUGCAUAUUGGGUUGUAACAUUGAGUUGAGGAUCACUCAUGUACCUCAUACUUCUAAUUCACCGAAGAGGUUAUCUUUCAACAUGUUUAGUUGUUCGCGCAAAAUACAACAGAAAUCUUCCUCGUCCAAUGAUCAAGAAAGUGAAAUAGACUAUGCUGAUUACACUUCUCAAAAACCCAUGACAAAGAAUACAACUCUAUCUUCUUCCUCCGAUUGUGGAUCCCAGGAGCCACCUCUGAAGUCUUAUGAAGGAAUGGAUGUCAUAACGACUCUGAGGAGUUGUGAAGGGAACUUGCUCAGCUCAAGAGAAAGAUUUUUGAAUACGUCUUCUUCUCUAGAAACUAUGGGAGCAUCAUGUUCUAGAGUUGAUUCUUACAAUGAAGAGGGACACAAUGUGGCACAUGUAGUUCCAUCCGUUCGUAAUUCAGAUAAUCAGUCUAACUGUUUUCCUCAAACUCUUUGGCUUCAAAAGAAGUUCCGAGCUUCAGGAACUACUUGA